AUAAUGAAACCUGCUAUAGUAGCCGAUGAAAUGUUUCCAGAAGGAGCUGGACCGUAUAUGGACCUAGAGGAAGCUGGAGGAUCUUCUGGUUUGUUGAUGGAUUUAACUGCAAAUGAAAAGGCUGUGCAUGCUGAUUUUUUUAAUGAUUUUGAAGAUCUUUAUGAUGAUGAGGAUUUGCAGUAGGUAAUUUCUAUAUUUAUCAGGUUGAAAAUAAAUUAAUUUGACAAA